GGAAUAUCGGGUCGGAUCACCCACGAAUUCGGAGCUCAUUGGUUCGUUUACAGUAAUUUAUCUCUCUUCUCUCUCUCCUCACUUCCAGAAACAGAGGACCACGACUUUCCCGGUUCUCUUUGAUUCAAUCAAUGACUUCAGAUUAUGCGGUUAAACUUGCAGCGGAGCUUGAAUCAGCUUCGCGUUUGAGAGCUGCUCAAUUCCUGGUGACGCAAAGGCCAUGGCUUGAUCUUUAUGGGGUUAAUGUCAGACCUGUUACUCCUUUCCGUAGCUUGAGCAAACCGUUUGUUGAUACAGCACUUCUACACCGCAGCUUGCCUGAUGAGUUGCUUUUUGAGAUAUUUUCAAGGAUGAGUCCUUAUACCCUUGGGAGAGCAGCUUGCGUCUGUCGAAAGUGGAGAUAUACUAUUCGUAACCCUGUGUUCUGGCGACAUGCAUGCCUAAAGGCUUGGCAGCUAAAUGGAAUUGUGGAAAAUUAUAAGAUUCUCCAAUCAACGUAUCAUGGCGUAUGGCGGAAAAUGUGGCUCUUAAGACCAAGACUUCGGACUGAUGGGCUUUAUAUCAGUCGGAAUACCUACAUUCGUGCUGGGGUUGCAGAGUGGAGAACCACCAAUCCUGUGCAUAUUGUUUGCUAUUACCGGUACAUGCGAUUUUAUCCUUCUGGGAGGUUCCUAUAUAAGAACUCAUCACAAAAAGUAAAAGAUGUUGCAAAAUACAUGAAUGUUCGUUCAGCAAGAUCUGAUAGUGUUUUCAGCGGACAGUACACACUUUCUGAAGAUAAGGUUGAAGCUGCUAUUUUGUAUCCUGGCUUACGCCCAACUGUUCUAAGAAUCCGCUUGAGGUUAAGGGGGACUGUACAAGGCGCCAACAAUAGAAUGGAUCUGAUAUCACUCGUUACAAGCGGCGUGAAUGACGCAGAGGCUAGUAGUUCCGACGAUGACAUCCUCGGAGUAGUGGAAGGGUGGCAGGAGGAUGAAACCCACAACCCUGACGUCCCUGCAGUUUCACACAAGAGGGGUCUCACACCCUUUGUCUUUGUCCCAUUUGAUGAAGUUGAAAAUUCUGUAUUGAACCUGUCUGUGGAUAAGAUGGAUUAUUUUGUACCUGGUUGAUCGCCGUCGGUGCCAUUUUCGGAGAAGCUUUUUGUGUAAAUAGGAAGGAUUGUUGGCGUUGGUUGAAUUGCUACGUGCAUGUACUCUGCUGAAAUGUGUGAUUGUAUGCAAAGGUGGUCGAAAACUAUUCAAGAACUAGGGUUGAUCAUGUGAUAGAUAAUGUAUAAAUUGUAGAUUUGUAGUAGAUUUUGUUAAGAAGCCUACUUUGGUCAUCCAUCUACUACAGAGUCCCAAUUAAGAUAUAUCAUAUGCCAAAAUGUGGACAUUUAAACAAUACUAUUUCGAGGUCCAAGUUGUCAAAUGAACUUGAUAUGUGGCUGCCUAUCAA